AUGGAGAGACACACCUCACGGGUACCUCAGCCGGAGACAAACUCCUCCGCUAUGAAGGGCACGGAGAGCCAAUCCCCAACCGUGGGAGGGCGUAUACCCUCGGAAGAAGAGCAGUUGUUGUCAGAGGAGGAUGUUGCCCUCGCAGUCAUUCUACAUCUACAUCUAGGAAUAUCCUGCAAUCCUGUGAAAGAUGGUUUCAUUAAUGUCCAUAUUAUCCCACAUACCCACGAUGACGUAGGUUGGCUCAAAACAGUUGAUCAAUAUUACUACGGAAGUAACACAGCGACUCAAAAAGCCGGGGUGCAAUACAUCUUAGACACUGUAGUAGAUUCUCUAAGGAAAAGUGAAGACAGGAGGUUUAUAUAUGUAGAAACAGCAUUCUUCUGGAAAUGGUGGACACAACAAAGUGAGAGUGUACAAGAAGAAGUAAAAAACUUCGUUAACACAGGCAGACUGGAAUUUAUAGGAGGAGGAUGGAGCAUGAAUGACGAAGCUGCUACUCAUUACCACUCGAUCAUUGAUCAAAUGACUUGGGGACUAAGAAAACUCAAUGAUACUUUUGGAGAAUGUGGUCGUCCGAAAAUUGGAUGGCAAAUAGAUCCGUUUGGUCACAGCAAAGAAAUGGCUAAUAUAUUUGCCCAACUUGGCUUUGAUGCUUAUCUUAUAGGUAGAAUCGACUUCCAGGAUAAGAACUACCGAUGGCAAACUCAAACACCCGAAUUUCUAUGGAGGGGAAGUAGCAGUUUAGGAGAAUCCAACGACAUAUUUUCUGGAAUAUUAUAUAACACGUACUCACCACCACCAGGCUUCUGUUUUGACAUAUUAUGCAGCGAUGAACCAUUUAUAGACAACAAAAAAAGUUUUGAAUACAACGUAGACAAAAGAGUAGAUGACUUUUUGGCUUAUGCUACAAAUGUAAGCAAAAUUUAUACUACGAAUAAUAUUCUGAUUACAAUGGGUGAGGAUUUCCAUUAUCAAGAUGCUGAAGUUUGGUUUAAAAAUCUAGAUAAACUUAUACGUUACACUAAUGAACGUCAAAGCACCGGAUCAAAGUUCAACUUGUUAUACUCGACACCAUCUUGUUACGUUAAAGCCGUCUAUGAUGAAACUAAAAACAAUAGUAACUGGUUGCUGAAGAAAGACGAUUUCUUCCCUUACGCAUCGCAAAAUCACACUUACUGGACGGGAUACUUUACCUCGAGACCUGCGAUCAAGCGUUAUGAAAGAAUUGGAAACAAUUUUCUUCAAGUCUGUAAACAGUUAUAUGCUUUAGCAGAUUUAGGAUCAGAUGACAAUGAAGAGCUUAGUGAUUUGAGGGAAAUAAUGGGAAUUUUACAGCAUCACGAUGCUGUAGCUGGGACCGAAAAGCAACAUGUAGCAGAUGAUUAUGCCAGACAGCUACAACGAGCAAUUGACGAAUGUGAAAAUCUGGCUAAUACUGCUUUAAAUAAAUUAAUAAACUCUAACUCAAAUACUACUGAAGCUACUUUCAAGACAUGUUUACUUGCUAACAUAAGUCAAUGUUCAGUUACCGAAACAUUAGAAAAUUUUGUAGUUACUCUUUACAACCCACUAAGUAGAUCUGUUGAUAAACUGAUUACAUUGCCUGUAACUGGAAGUAACUACAAUAUUCAGGACAAAGAUGGAAAUAUUUUGGAGUCUGACAUUUUUCCUAUACCGGACUAUAUAAAAAAUAUCCCUGGAAGAGAAAGCAACGCAACCCAUGAUCUUUACUUUAUCGGAAAGAGUAUUCCACCUUUGGGUUGGAAAUCUUUCAUUAUUAGCUUAAACGACACCAAAAAAUCAUCUAUCAAACUUAAAAACUCAACGACAUCGUUUGACAUUGACGAAGAUACUGGAUUAGUCAAUAAAAUUACUCUUAACAACAUAUCUAUUCCUUUUGGACAAAACUUCUAUUUUUAUAAUGGUUUCGUAGGAGAUAAUCAACAUCCUGAAAAUAGAUCAUCUGGUGCCUACGUUUUUAGACCAGACGGUGAGAUUAAAAAAAUUGCUGAACGUGCGGAAGUUACUUCUUACGAGGGGUCGCUAGUCUUUGAAAUUAGACAAAAAUUCAGCGAUUAUGUGAGUCAGACCGCAAGAGUCAAUAAAGUAGAAAAUUAUAUUGAAUUUGAUUGGGUAAUUGGACCAAUUCCAGAUACUGGUCCCAAUGGAAUUGAAAUUGUUACAAAAUAUUCAACCAACUUAACAUCAAACGCAACGUUUUAUACAGAUUCCAAUGGAAAAGAAAUGCUAAAGAGAAUUAGAGAUUUUAGACCUACUUGGAAGCUAGAAAAUACAGAACCGGAAUCUGGAAAUUACUACCCGAUAACCUCCAAAAUAUCAAUUAGAGAUGAAGAAGCAGGUAUUGAAGUUGCUGUACUCAAUGAUAGAGCUCAAGGGGGAUCGAGUUUAAAAGAUGGAGAAAUUGAGCUAAUGAUUCACAGAAGUUGUAUUCAUGAUGAUGACUUUGGUGUCAGUGAAGCCUUAAAUGAAAAAGCAUUUGACACUGGACUAGUAAUAAGGGGAUCUCAUUAUAUAACUGCAGGUUACUUAAAUCCUGAAGGUGGGAAAUCAAUUUCGUCUGUCGAAAGAGAUAUCGCUCAAAGAAGACUUUUGGAUACAUGGACUUUUAUUACUCCCUUAAGACAGAGUUUUGAAGAUUAUAAGACAAAUUAUGUCAUGGAGUAUUCUGGGAUUAAUAAUUCUCUACCUAAUAAUGUUCAAAUACUAACAUUAGAACCAUGGAAAAAUUCAAGUGUACUUUUAAGACUCGAACACGUUUUUGAAAAUGAUGAAGAUCAAGCAUUGUCUCAACCAGUCAGCAUUAGUUUAAAAAAUUUAUUUGUACAAUUUGAAAUUGUAUCUCUUCAAGAAACAACUUUAGGAGCUAAUCAAUGGUUAAAAGAUAACGAACGUCUAAGAUUCAAUACAACUGGUACGUUAGAAGAUCUUCUUUACAAUGAUGAAAAUACAGAUAUUGAGUACGCUAAUUUGAUCAAUGAAAAGUGGAAUAAUAAGGAAGAAAAUGUUGGCAAUGUGGCUCUGAAUGACAAUAUAAAUGCUUUUGAAGUAGUCUUAAAUCCAAGUGAUAUUCGUACAUUUGUACUUGAAAUUAAGAGGAUUUAAAUACACUAAAAAUAUUGAAAAUUAAAUAUAGAUGAUACUAAUACUUA